AUGAUAUAUGCCGAAUUGCCCGAAGACCAGAUCUAUAGUAUGUUUGCGGGGCUCGAAGAAUCGCUCGGCCCUGAAGGAUGGAAAGAUUUUGAAGCGGAAUCAGAUCGGCGUGAUCAAGCUAGAAUUGAGGCUUCCAUACUGGAGGAUGAGCCUGUAUCUGAUACAUCUGGUUCUGAAACAAAUCUAGCAAUGUCUUUGAACCGCCUCUUUGGUGGUGCUGUAGGGCCUCGAGAUACCACUCCAUGGGAAGAAUGGGGAUAUGUGAUUUAUCGAACCACAUACUCAGAUGAUGACGAUUGGACGCUGUUUAAACGUCGAUUUGAAAAGAUUAUCGGUCGUUAUUUCAUCGAGGCGAAAGGUACAUUCAGAAUUGAAGAAGCAAAGAAACUAUUUGCCCUUCGAUGGGUAGAGGACCCGGCCCUGUUUAAUAAUGCUUCUCCCGCUCAGCUCGCAAGCCACUAUCGUUCGACCCAACACCCUAACGGUUUUGAUCACACGAUGUUCCUUGCAGUUACUCCCGAUGUUGUUACAUCUGUUUUAAAAUCUCCCUUGCCGUGGACUGUUCCCUAUGACCGAGCUGGCAAAUUGAUUCCUUACGUUGUUGCUAUCGAUUGGAGUACUGAGACCCCCCAGCCGCUUAACGUAGAAGAUGCGGAUAUAGAGGAGCAAGGAUUCCGUGGCUAUUUUAAUGUUGCUGCUGAUAGUUUAGUUGGCGAUCUUUUUGUAUUCAUUGCUGAUCAGAGUGCGGCUCCUUACGAAAUUGGCACAUACAUUACCUAG